AUGUUCGAAUACAUUUACUCAAUUUACGGACUUUCAUAUCACGAAGUUUUUAUCAAGAAACUUGCUGAUUACAUACUCGAAACAAAUGGAUACGGAAUCAACUCAAAGGAUGUUGAUCUUCCUUCUUUCGAGCGAUUCAUUAAUACGAUUAUUAAAUAUAUUGUCUCAUCAGUUGACGAAGUACCUCCUGUUGUCAAGCAGAUGCUUGCAAUAUUGAGAUCAUAUGCUGCUGUACGUACAAAUUCUUGCAAAGAGUUAUAUGACAUCGUUGGAUCAAUGUUUUUCGAAUCUUUCAUCAUUCCUGGCCUUAUUUCUUACGGAUCUGGAACUCCUGAGAACAAAUCAUUGAUGUCGAAAAUUGUUUUCAUUCUUAGAGUCAUUUUCAGACUCGGAAAAAUGAAUGGAAAGUUACAAUUCCUCGAUGCAUUGAAUCUUCGUCUGGAAAAGCAUAUUUAUCCAAAGCUCAUGGAGUUUGUCUUUACGAUAAGUGAAAAUACAAACGAAGAUUUGACAUAUGAAGAUGUCCAACCAGUAAAGAUCGCCAGAGCCAUCGAAAUCAUCAUGAAAGUUAUCUCAGCAAGACACGAAGUCUUCAAGAAGGUUUAUACUCAAGUUGCUGAUCCAACAAACGAAAUGUCAAAAACAACAAUUUUGGGAGCGGCCGUUGCAAGUCUUAUGACCACUUUCUUCCUCUACCAGUUCGAUAGCAAACCACCGGCCGAGGAAGACCCAGAAAAUUGGGAUGAUCCACCGAAAUCUCCGAAAAAGAUUAAAAGACUUGUUAAAAUCACUGAUGACACACAGAUUCCUGAAGAUGAGAAGUUGGUACAUAGAAUUAUGAGAAUUGACCAGAUGGAUAUCCAAACAUUGGAUCCAAACCAUACAAAGAAAUAUUAUAAGAGAAUUGUAAAAAAAACGAAGAUGGGAGAGAAAUGA